AUGUCAUUUACUGGGAGUUGUAAUACUUCAAUUUCAGGUACGAAAUCCGAUUUGAAGUACUCUUCUGAAAUUGAAGACGACGAACCGCAAAAAGCCGUAAUUGAACGGGCCUUCACUAAAUUUUGCGAAGGAAACAUCACGGUUCCUCAAGAUAUGAAUGGAAACAAGCUGGGUGUUGAUUCCAGAUCGACGGUCACGACUACUAGACUCAUUACUUUGAGCCCCUUCGUUCGGCAUCCGCGACAUGGGGACGCUACACAUAAGGUAGAUCCCAUACAAGACGACUGCUUGGACAUGUUCACCGAGACCGUUCAUAAAACUUCUAUGCCACCGUCAACAUUUUUGGAGCAGAAAUCACUUGUUACAAAGGAUUCAUGCGGUCCAUUACGACCUCAAUUUCCUCGACCUGCUGCAACUGCUCAUUUUAUGUAUCCCAUUGUUGGAAGGUUAGUGCUCGUUCACAUAGAUGACAGAAUCCUUCUCACUGGUGAGUUGCGUCAAAUAGAGGAAAACGAGGCUAAGCGUGCAACAGCGCAGAGGUGUGAUAGCUAUGCGCAUGUAUCGAGUGAAGGCGUUGACUCUCAGGGAUGCCCUCAAUGCCCUAAUGGUGAUAAGUGUCGUACCAUAGAAGAUGCAACAAUCAUCGUUGACAAAGAUGAACCUACCGUAACGAUUGCUGGUGUCCUCCCAUGGUUCCAGGUUGCUAAUGCACAUUCAAUAAUUGUUGAUCUUCAAUGGACUAAAGCACGCUAA